AUUUAAGAGGGGACUCCCUGCUAAAACCACAUCAGCUGCACUCAUCUUUCUCUCUCAUACCGUCCCUUUCACACUCACCUAACCUCACACACACACACACACACACCAACAUGUGCCUUUUAGCAGCUCUCCUCCUGCUGACUCUGUAUGGUUCUUCUGUUGGUCAGUAUCUGUCCAGAUUUAACAUGGCAGAUGUCACUGGUUGGGUCCGGUUUAACACCACAGAACAGACAGCCAGUGUAAACCUCAGUGGUCCUGGCGUAAACACGUGUGUCUCCUUCAAUCUGAUGCUCACUGAGUUUCCAGUUAUGUACGGUCAGGUGUCCCAGCCCUGUGAGAAAGCCCAUACAGGGGACCACGUGUUCAAAGUGUCCGUUAACGCUUCUGUUUCUGUACUGAACAUCUCCCAUAUACUCCAGCAAAUACCUAAUCUUGAAGCACGCUCUUUGGUGGUAGAGACGUGUAAUGGCGUGAAGGCUUGUGCAGGUGUCAUAGCAGAGUCAAAUGUCAGUACUUGGCAGGCUCGGUUCUUUAGUGGUGUGGCUGGAAACGUCUACUUCCGGAAGGUAUCAGGGCAACAGAGUGCCACCCUUCUCUCUAGUCUGGUCAGUCUAAAUGAAAAUAACUCCACUUUUGCCCAAGUGAGCAUUUUUAUAUCCAACAGUUCUGCUGCUAACUGUGAGGCAUUCCUGCGCAGUCUGGACCAAAACACAAAAGAGAUGGGUCAGCUGAAGGUAGGCACUCCUCUUGAACCUGUCAAAUCCCGUUUAGAGGUCGCAAAUUUUGAUGCUGGGUUUCGCUUUGCUCUCUUCAAUCUCACCUCAGAGUAUACAUGUGCUGAAAUCCGUACCCUUGAACCAAAGGAGGUCAGCGCUCUGAUAGACAUGAGAGGGGUCAAAGGAUCCAUCACUUUUUACCAGCCAUCUCCUUUUGACCUUACAACUCUCUCUGUGAACCUCACCAACCUAAACAGAAGGGUUGGGCCAUACCAUGUUCAUCUGUUUCCCACCCCUCAGAUGAGGUCACCACCUGAAAUCACCUGCAGCAAUGAUAAUGUUGGAGGCCACUUUAAUCCCUUUAAUGUGAACACUCAGUCAUCCCUGUAUCCCCCACCCCCUAAUUCGACCCAUGACCGUUACGAAAUUGGAGACCUCAGUUCCAGACAUGGAUUGUUGAGUAAUGCAGAUAAUAUCCAAGCGAGCUUUACUGACUGGAAUCUUCCACUCUUUGGACAGAACAGCAUUGUCGGUCGUUCUGUGGUGCUGCACGAGCCUAAUGGUACAAGGUUUAUCUGCUCAAGCAUUGGCUAUCCUGGAGAAGUGAUCACAGCCAGGGCCAUCUUCCAACACCCAGUUGUUGGGACUGUUUUGUUUACCCAGUUAAAAGGAAACCCAUACGGGGACGUCUCAGUGUUCCUAGACUUGUCUUAUGGAAAACCAGACACUUCUGCAACUCAGAACCACCACUGGCACAUUCAUGAAUACCCCAUAAGCACAGAGACGGACAGUGAUAAAGGUUGCUGUGCAUCCACUGGGGGACACUGGAACCCCUACAACAUCAAUACCAGUAUAGGCAGCUAUAAAGUAAACUGUAGACCAGAAUGUCCUUUUGCUUGUGAGAUUGGAGACCUGUCCAGCAAACACAAGAUGCUGAAUUUGUCAUCAAAUGUUGGGAAACAACCUAGCAAGAUCUUCUUAACAGAUACUACAGCCUGGGUGUCUGGACUGAGCAGCAUGGUUGGUCGGUCUGUAGUGAUCCAUGGCCCUGAUGAGGCUGGUUAUCGCAUAGCUUGUGCCAACAUCACACUCCUGCGUUUCCCCUCUGCUCAGACUGGAUCCUGGCAAGGGCCAGGGUCAUCUUUGGGAAUUAUCAACUUCUACCAGCUGUCUCCACAGGGCCCAACCAACAUCAAUGUUUCUCUGACUAGUCUGGAGGCCAAAGCUGGUGGAUACCAUGUCCAUCUUCUCCCAGUAAAGAGCGGACCAGAGGCCUGCUCCAAUGAGAACAUCAUGGGCCACUUCAACCCAUAUAGUGUGAAUAUCUCAACAUCUCCAGCUCCAGGGAACGGCACGGUGGAUCAGUAUGAGAUUGGUGAUAUCAGCGGGAAGUUUGGAAGUCUAGCUGAUCAGAACCUAUUAGAAAAUGAUUACAAUGACCUUAACAUGCCAUUGAGUGGACUCAACAGUAUCGUAGGACGGUCACUGGUUAUCCACUACAAAAACGGUUCAAGAAUGCAGUGUGCUGACAUCACAGCCAUGAACUCCUCUGACAGGCACUGGAUCAUCGCCAAGGCCAUAUUUAACAACAGUGUGAAGGGCACAGUAACCCUGUCCCAACAGUGUUUUCUUGAUGGCAGCUUCAGUGACGUGACCUUGCUGGUGGACCUCAAAGCAUCUAACACUGUUAAUGUCCCAAACGUUUCUUGGUACAUAACUGAAAGUUCUGUCAAGGACAUGGUGGCUGGGUGUCCAGGACAUGGAGGAACAUAUAACCCUUUCAACAUGACCGCACAGAGCUCUAACUGUUCCCCGCUCACAUAUCUGGCUUGCGAGGUCGGAGAUCUAACCAGCAAACACGGCGCCGUCAGUUUAUCGCAGAGGCAGCUCUUCACGGAUGCACAGCUUCAGCUGGCUGGAGACUACACUGUGGUUUACAGAUCGCUAAUCCUGAGGGCAGGGAACAAGACCAUUGAUUGUGCCGACAUCGUCCCUGAGUCACCGUCUGCGCAGCAAAUCUUCCCGAACGUGUCAUCGUUCAGCAGAUUUGAUUUCCGUAAAAGGGUCGCAGGCGUUCUGGAGGUCAAUAUGUCUCGGGUGUCCAUCUUACCCGGUGCCCUCUCAACCAUGCCAGGAGGGAAGUGCCAGCAAGUCACGUUUCUAGUAUCAGGUGACGUGAGUGUAGAGAAGCUAGCUGCAGUGAAGGACAGCAGUAUGAUGGGCAUGUACAGGCAGACUGAUCGGUGUACGGCAAGUGGCGUUCCUGGUCUUCUCUCGUCUCAUGUCCACAUCUUCUUCCUGGCUGCUGUUUACCUUCUCCACUCCCUCAUUCUCAAGGGAGAUUAUUAAAUCUGAAGUUACUCCACGAGAUCAUCUGCAGCUCCACCAAGCCUGCUUAACUCUACAACACUCAAAAGAAUGAACGAGAUCUGCCGUGCCUGAGGUCGAAGAGCUCGGAUCAACUGCUGUAUAAUAAUAAUAAUAAUAAUA